GUUCUCCCGGAUUUCCCAGGGAUCAAAGUUUGUUUUCAAAGCAGUGUGUGUGAAUGAAGCGUGCGGAAGCAGGAAACAUGUCAAAUGGACUUUUCAGUCACCUGUCGAGGGGAGCCUGGCUGCUGUGGCACGUUGUGCUCGUGGCUGGGACCGGGACUAAACUAUGGGAGGUGCCAACAGCCUCCUUCACCUCCUCCUUCAACCUCAGUGAAGGCCACCAGUGGGUGCCCCAGUGUCAGUACCGCCACCCACAGGAUGGAGUGAGAAUUACAGCAGACAUUCCUCCAAGACUGGAUGGCACAUGGGUGUCCACCAGGUGUGAAGUUCGACCUGGUCCCGAGUUCCUCACCCGCUCCUACACCUUCCACUCCAGCCGUCACUUCCAGGCCUUACAGCACUACUACACGGACAGCAGCUGCGAAGAACCGGCGUACUCCCUGAAGAUCUGGGGUAAGCUCCGUCUGCGCCAGGCGUCCUGGAUCACCCGUGGCGGCACGGAGGCUGAGCCCCACCUCAGCAAAGUGGGGGUAGUCAUUCACAGCCCGGCAGCCAGGCAGAGGCUGGCGUCCAGGCUGCCGUCGGCCUGCGUGGGCCCCACCCUGGGGCAAGUGGUGCUGGGGAAGUCGUACGAGCUGUACAACACCCGGGCCGGGAGAGGUUGUCUCAUGGCUCUGGGCUUUUCCAUGAUGGAGAUGGGGCUGAUCCGGGUGGAGAUGCAACAUCACAACCAUAGAGGGAAAAUCCAGGAGCUGUUUUUAGGAGAUAUUCACACAGAAUGGACCCAGAGGACGCAGUACAGACCCACAGGAUACCAGCAGCCGCUGCAGAACGCCAUGCAUCACAUCCACCCCUGUCCUGUGUGCGCUUUAGUGUAUCGCUCCUCAGAGCAGCGCCCCCCGGUGUUGCCUCGCAGCCCCGCACCGCCUCUAUCUCUGGCCGGUCGCUGGGUCAGCCAGCACUGCGAAACACGUCCCACCGUUCUCUUCCUCACCCGAGACUUCACCUUUGAUCCUGAGCAACACGCCUGGGAGGGCAUUUACCAACACUACUCAGACCCUUCCUGCUCCGAGCCCACGUUUACCCUGAGAGCCUCGGGCCAUUACGCACAGGGAAACCCAUCGGCCAAAAUUCUGGGGGCGACUGAGGUUGUGUUCAAGGUGACUCAGGUGAGAGUCACAGCCAUGGAGGAGUCUACAGCCAAGAUGCUGAACGAGACCAGGCCAGGAAAGUGUGGCCAGGCCGGAGGCUGGGAGGUGGGGGUGGAGCAGGAUUUGAGGCCCACUGAUGGAUGCACAGUACUGGGUAUCAAACUGCCACAUAAGGAGUUUGAGCUCUUCAAGUCAGAGCUGGACCACAGGAAACAACCGCUGCUGUUUAUCGGACAGAGGCCGACUGACGGCUCCAGUCCUGAUCGACAGCACAGGAGACCGACUUCCUUCCAAGCUCCCAUGGUGCUGUGCGACGGAGAGGAAAGACAGCCCUCACAUGACUCUGGGUCAGGAUUUAACAGCAAGCAAGUCCAAUCAGCAGUCAGUGUGGCCGAGAGACUAACUCUGCUGUUGUCGCUAAUGUUCGGAUGUGUGCUCUGCAACUUGUUACACUUUUGUUAGACAAGGUUCGGAAACCAGACAGAACCCAACGACGGACAUUGGUUUUCUGAAAUCUUUCCUUACCUCCUCUCUAUGCUGAUGACUAGUUGUUUUAUGGUGAAGAAAAAACAUGACGCAAUAAAAAAAAACACAUGUUAGUACCCACUGUCUACAUUUCACCCUUAAGUUGUAAGA